AUGUCAGAAACUAAAAAGCUAGUCGAUCUAUCGAAGCUGCCCGAGAGAAUCCUGUCAAUUCUCGUUGCGCAUUCCGAUCCGGUGACCCAGAAGACCUUUGAAGAGGAGCUUCCCGAUAUAACACUUACUCAACUUCUCCCGGUUCUGAACCGGAUGCAAAAGGAGGGCCAAGUGGAAGUCUUGGUUAAUUCUAAUCGAACUCUCUCCUGGCGUAUGCGUGAAAUUGGCAACAUCGAUAAAUUAAAGUCCCUCACAGAUGUAGAAGAGAGUCUGGUAUACAACUGCAUCCGUAAAAACGGAAACGAGGGUGCGACGGUCAAGGCUAUUUCAAUUGAUACCAAACUGCCUCAGAAUCGCCUGCCUCGCAUCUUAAAAUCUUUGAUAGGGCGUAAAUUGGUCAAGGAACUACCUGUGUUGGCAGGGAGUAAGCAAAAGAUCUUCCUUCUCUAUGAGCUUGAACCGAGCGAGUCGUUGGCUGCUAACACCCUGUUUGCUGGUGAGACUGGAGUGGAUGGCGAGUUUGUGGCAAUGCUGCGGACGGCCUGCUUGAAGUACAUUCAGGACAAGACUGAAUCGGUUUCGAAAAUAUCAGAUCCUUUAAAAAGGUGGAACUCGUCGUAUGCCUCCGUUGAAGAGUUUCAUCGCUUUAUCACCGAUGCUAAACUCUGCACGGUCCCCCUGGUUCCCUCAGAUGUAAAGACGGUGCUUGACGCCCUGGUCUACGGCGGCGAGUUGGAGAUGAAGCAGUCGACGACGGUAGACACAAGUGCUGUGGACGAGAAGGGCGAGAGUAAGCCGACCACAACUCGAUCUUUCCUGUACCGCCUCGCUCCUCGAACUCCCGGCUUUGCUUUCCUCGCUCACAUUCCAUGCACCAUUGCCCUCAAUAAAAGACGCAGUCGAACAGGAGGAGUAAUUUGUCCCCCAGAUUGUCCCAUCUUUUCUGCUUUCUUGGACAGCGGCACCUCUACUGGUCCAAAUGUAAAUACAAAAGACUAA